UAUUGAUUGCAUGGUGUAUGAAACGAGAGCUCCAACAAUAUACAAUUAUGAUUAAAGUGAACACUCUCCUACAGACAGAAUUAUGAUCGGAAUAUGAAAAGUGCCACAAGUCGAGGGGCAACCAAAACUCUGGAUUCCGAAUCAUUGCAACAGUGAAGACGCAACUGUAAACAAACGUUCGAAAGACUACCGACCCAUUUGACAUUACAGAUAAUCUAUGUAGCUUACGUGUACAGACAUUUAACUUGAUACGUCUUUUGAAAGGGAAGGUGUCGGCUGAUUGUACUAAAAGUGAAGAAUUUGUGUCUUAUGUUUUUGGAAUAGCCUAUUUGCGCUAUUUCCUUCGAAAAAAAAACAACUUUAUUCCUAGCUAAGGAUGUCUUUAUUCCCUGCUUAUGCCUCCCGAAAUGGCAAUGAAGACCAGUCUCCCACUAGAUCUUCUGAUCCACCUUCAUGGCUGCAAAAUGAAAGUUGUCCUCCUGAGGUGGGAAAGAUUCUCCUGCCACCUCCAUCAGCAAGGUCACACUCAGUCUCUCAGAGCCCAAGCUUAGAAAAAUGUAGGUCCAGAUCAAGAUCUAAAUCUGUUUCUGAAGAAUCAAGUAAGAUUUCUGGGAAGAAGCAAGAGAUGUUAGAGGAAACCAGGAAAAGAUCGCCAUCACCAUCAAAGAAACGAAGAUCACACUCUCGGUCGAGGAGACUGUCUUCCAAAUCUAGAUCUAGAUCAAGGUCACGUUCUAGAUCCAGGUCAAGGAAGCAAAAAUCGAAGUCUAGAUCUAGGUCACGGAAGAAAAAAUCAAGAUCUAGAUCCAGGACAAGGAAACGAAAGUCAAGGUCUAGAUCCAGGUCUAGGAGGCAAAUGCUAAAACCAAGCUAUAGGUCCAGGAAACGAUGGUCAAGGUCUAGAUCCAGGUCAAGGAAGCGGAAGUCAAAGUCUGGAUCUAGGUCCAGGAAAAGAAGGUCUAGGUCUAGAUCCAGGUCCAGGAAACAGAAGUCAAGAUCUAGAUCCAGGUCUAGGUCCUGGAAACGGAAGUCAAGGUCUAGAUCAAGGUCUAGAAAGCGAAAGUCAAGGUCUAGAUCCAGGUCCAGAAAACGAAAAUCGAGGUCUAUAUCUAGGUCUAGGAAACGAAAAUCGAGGUCCAUAUCUAGGUCCAGGAAACGAAAAUCAAGGUCUAGAUCCAGGUCCAGGAAGAGGAAAUCAAGAUCGUUAUCUAGGCCCAGGAAAAGAAAGUCAAGGUCUAGAUCCAGGUCCAGAAAAAGGAAAUCAAGAUCUUUAUCAAGAUCCAAGAAACGAAAGUCAAGGACUAGAUCAAGGUCCAGAAAACGAAAGUCGAGGUCUAGAUCCAGUUCAAGGAAACGAAAGUCAAGGUCUAGAUCAAGGCCUAGGAAACGCAAGUCAAGGUCUGGAUCAAGGUCCAGGAAACAAAAGUCAAGGUCUAGAUCCAGUUCAAGGAAACGAAAGUCAAGGUCUAGAUCUAAAUCAGGAGGCCAUUCAGAGAUGAGUAGGUCUGAGAUCCUUGUCAGUAAAAGCAAAAGUGUUUUUCUCAAAGACCUGAUUGGACUAGUGAAACCAGAAGAUGCAUUUUACAUUGAAAAAUCAGGUGAUAAGAAUAAUUUGAUCUUUCCAAUAACACACUUUUCACAGUUGGCCAGGUACAGUUUGAAACCUAGAGGAAUACUGGGGAGUUCUCUAACUGGAGCACAUAAUGCUGGACCUAAAAAAAUUUUGAGGUACUUCAGAAGAUCAGCAAGGAAGCUUUUAUUCAGUAAUUCUGAAUUGAUAAGGACCUUAAUUCAGAAAUCCCAUUUAGCUGCAUCUAGUGAUAAUUCUACACAGUGUUAUAUUCCCUUAGAGUUAACAUACGCAGAACUGAAUGAAGUUAAGUACAAAAUUAUUUCAGGGAACCAACCCAAACAGGAAAUAGAAGAGUCUCUCCUAGAAUUUGACAGUGAAGAUGAAGAGAAAGGUAUUAAAAGUGAGGAAGCUGAGUGUGCUUUCUGGCAAAAGAAAGCAAAGGAGUACAAUGAAAGACUUGGUCAGGAACCUUCUAACACUGAUUUAUGGCUUGAGUUUGUAAAAUUCCAAGAUAAAUCAUUUAAAUACAUCUUCAGUGACGAGGAAAAUGGAAAGAAGAAAAAAGCUAGUUUAAAAGCAAUUGCUGAGAGAAAAAUAUCAAUUUUAGAUUCUGCUAUAAAGAAGAAUGUGAGAUCCUUAGACUUGUACUUUGAGCGAUUAGUGAUAGGUCAAGACAUCUGGGAUGACAAGAAGAUUAAACAGGAGUGGGGUGCAGUCAUUAUUAAUUUUCCAAAUAAGCUGGAGGUUUGGUAUCGAUAUUUGGCCUUCAUGCAGACCAAUUUAACAUCCUUCAGUCUGACAAGUGUCGUUAAUACUUUUGCUAAGUGCACAGAAAAAUUACAGCAAAUGAAAAGUGGUGCUUUCCUUACUCAUGCACCACCAAAGGACUUGGGAAAGUGCCUUGUAGACAUAACUGUCCAGUUGGCCUUUGUUUGGAAGCAAGCUGGCUAUAUGGAAAGGUCAGUUGGUUUAUUUCAAGCUUUAGUAGAGUUAAAUCUCUUUGCCCCACCGCAUGCUAAGUCGAAGAAUAUAACGUUAGAUGCCAAAUUAGCUCUGUUUGAGGCAUUUUGGGACUCCAGAGCUCCAAGGUUUGGUGAGGAAAAUGCUGUUGGUUGGGCUCAAGUAAUGGCGAGACGUCAACAGUUAGAGUUUCCUGAAGUAGUUUUAGGAGGUACUCAGGAUGAAGAGGAUGAAAUUUUAGCAAAAGGAGGAGAAACAUCAGAAUUGUGGUUAGCUUUGGAGAGCAGACGUGAACGUUGCCACUGGUUACCAUGGGAGCAGGAUCCAGAGGAUUGCGAGGAUCCUGAGAGAAUGGUGUCCUUUGAAGAUAUAUCUAGUCACUUAUAUAUUCUAGACACUGAUGAAGAAUGCUUUUACCUUUUACUGCAGUUUCUGAAAUUCCUGGGAGUGCCUUAUGCCCAUAAACUCAUUUCUGAAAGAGUUGAUAUCAGAAAUAAAAGUGAUAAGGAUAUUCGUAGUGACAUAUUUAAGCCCCUCAUUCUUGAAAACUUGCAAGAUGACAAGCUCUUUGGAAGGACUGAAAAACUGAGGGAGUUUAUAUGUGAUGAUCAAGGAAUCUUAAAUUUUCCAGAAAUUGGUCCCACUUCAUUGAAUAGUUCUUGUGAUGAUUACUACAAAUUUAUUUGUAGAGUUUUGCAACAAGCUUCAGGUGUCAUUCAGCUGCCAUUUAAAAUAGAUUUACUUAUACUGUAUAUAAAAGUGCUGGGCUCAAAGUUUGCAGCCUUGAAGUUGGAUCCCAAAGUUGAUUUGAAAAGGUUUGGUAAGGAACUAAAGAAAAAAGUCAAACACCUGCUAAAGUCAGAAGAAUUUAGAACUUGCUUGCCAGUGUACCGAGAAUAUGGUAUUUUAGAAGAGAUAAUGGGUCAUGAUGAUGAUUCUGAAAAUGUUUUUACCACUGCUCUGACCAUUGGUACUGUGGCAGGUAAGAGUCUGGAUACAUUUAACCCUAACUUCAAAAAUAUCAUGGAUUUGUUUACAUCAUAUUUGGAAUUAGAAAUUAAAAGGGAAGGACAGACAGGCAAGGGAUAUUAUAGCAAUAAUAUAGUUCAUUCUCUCUCCUCUAUUGUACUGGAGGGUAAAUUUUCUGCAAAUUCUGGUUCCUCUGUGCCUGGACCUGUUAUUCUUAAAACUAAAAAACAGCUCCAGGAAAUGCAAAACGUAAGUCUUCUUUCAGCUUAUGAGGAUGUUACCAUUAAAGAAAAGGAUGCCAAGAUAGUACUUGCUGCAAAAUUGACAAAUUUCCUUGCACUGAUGCAGCUGUUCACUGUUGGCUUCAAAUCUGCUUAUGCCACGUAUGAAGCUGCCAUAGACAACAUUGAAGGUGGUUUUGAUAACCAAGUUCCACAUAAAUUAGAAGAUAUCACAUUGCCAGGGGAAAACACAAAGAAAUUGAAGAUACCUAAAGAUUCUUCUGAAGCAAAUAAGUCAUACCUAUUACAAUGCAUUGUUGAAGAAUUCCUCUGGUUUAUUGAAUUUUCAUCACAUCUCCAUCCAGUAAUGGGAGGUGAAAGAAUCUCGCCUUUGCAGUUGAGAUCACUUCUCUCAUUAGCUGUUAAAGUUGCUCCAGAAAAUCCAGAAUUUUUGCUACAGUUUGCUUUUAAUCAGACUUGGCGGGACCUCCUUAGUUGCCCGGAUGCACUUUUGCAAAACCCAUCGAUAUUGAUGUGUGUUUGUCGGUUGCUGCCUCAUAUACAAAGGACUGUUACUUUAGUUAAAAAUACUAAUGAAGGUCUGCUAAGCAGUGGUCAUCGAUUGGAAAGAGCUCUUGAACGGGGAGUGAGUUGCCUCCCAGGCAGACAUUGCCCUCUUUUAUGGAGGAUAUACUUAGCUCUAAUUGGUACCACAAAGCCUGCUGGAAUCAAAGAACUUGCUUACAGAGCAUUAUCAUCAUGUCCUGGUGUUAAGUGUGUGUAUUUGGACUGUGUACGCUGGGUGCCAGAAAUGCUCAAAGAUAUUGUGAAGUUACUUGGGGAGAAAGGUAUCAGAGUCAGGCUUCCCCUAGAGGAACUGCAGGUGCUCACAGAAGCUGAACUGGACUUAGAAGAUGAGGUAGAGGCCACUAAAGGUGAUGAGUCACACUGUGGAGGUGAGAUGGAUACCCAUAAAGAAGCUGCAUCAGACUUGGAAGAUGAGAUUGAUUCCACUAAAGUCCAGCCAGAUGCAGAUGAGAUGGAUACCUUGAAAGAAGCUGGAUCAGACUCAGAUGUGGGAAAUACCUCUAAGCAUUCUGGGCCUGACUGUGUUGAAAUGAAUGCCUUAUAGAGGCUGAGUCUUAUUUGGCUAUCCUCCAUGAUACCUAAACUUCACUCAGCAGUUAUGAGUUGGAGAUACUACUGUAAAGUUAUGGUAUCAUUUAUCAUUACCAAAGAUCACUUAUGCAAUGAAGCUUUUCUGUAAUUUUCAGGGUAAGAACUAUGUAUGUAUUAGCAAACUGCUUUUCAAUGUAAAAUCUCAUGUCAGGAUAACAUGAUAUAAUUUUGGAUUUUUUUUUUAUUGAGGAAUAAAAGGUAUAUAUGAAAAAGAUUAUGAUUUUUUUAUUUCUCUUGUGGGAUGGGGAAUGAGAGGUGGUAACAUUAUUAUUAUUAUUAUUAUUAUUAUUAUUAUUAUUAUUAUUAUUAUUAUUAUUAUUAUUAUUAUUAUUAUUUAUUAUUAUUAUUAUUAUUAUUAAACACAGCAUGCCAUCUUAGGCUUCAGCUGAGUUGCUUCCUACCUUUUACUUGGUCUCUUUUGUCUUAGGUAUUCAACUUCUUUAACAUCACUAGAGAAUAUUGAAAUAUAUUUUAGUGUGAAUUAGAAUAAUGAAUAAAUGGAAUAAGGUUAUAAAUAAAUUACAGCAUGGAAGUAAGGAAUUUAAAUAUAUCUAUCAAUAGAAGUGUACAAUUUUAAAAAAUAAAAUUUAUGACUAGUAUACACCUAUUUUUUAUGGCAGACUAAUCUUGACUGUGGGAUUAGACUACUGUAAAGUAUGUAAUGGAUUUGUGUUAAAACUGGUGACACUUUAAGGAAGCAUUACAACCUGUCAUUUACUUGAAAGUGUUCAAAGGAUCAUUUUGUUCAAGCUUUGUGUAAAUGAUCUUUGGUGGUGUAUAGAAAGUUAGCGUGCUUGUAUGUACGUACUGUACUUCAUAGCAAGUACAGUAUAGUUAACUAAGUGGAAGGUAACAGAUUUUUGUUAGUGACAGUGGUGUUGGUUAUUUUAUAAACUUUUAUAAAUAAAUUGGUGCUCUUGUUCCUAUACUUGUAUAUAUUGUUUUUGGGAUGUGCUGGAAUUUUCAUGAAAGUUAAAUUUGACAUUGUUGAGGGUUUGGCCUUAAGGAACUAGAAUAAUGUUGAAUGCCAGACAUAAGGAAAAUAUAGAUAUGAAACUGAGAAUUUUGUAACCUACUGUACACCAUAAUCCUGUAUAAAAUACAUGUAUGACCUUCAGUAGCAGUGUAAGUGUAAAUUGUGUGGUCAUACAUAUGAUAUUUGCUUUAUUUGUUUAUAAUUAUUAUUUUUUUUAAGCAAAUUGACCAGACCCCUAAGCUAAUUUAUGUAGGGCU